GUGUCCCUGGCAUCCCGCCGUCCGGUCGUGCGGCUUGCGGCAUGGCUUUCCGGCAGGCUCUUCAGCUGGCGGCCUGUGGUCUGGCGGGUGGCUCGGCCGCUGUUCUCUUCUCGGCGGUAGCGGUAGGGAAGCCGAGAGCUGGCGGGGAUGCAGACACGCGCGCGACAGAGACGCCGGCCUGGAACGGAGCGCGCCCGGGGCACGGCGUCUGGGACUCCAACUGGGACAGGCGAGAGCCACUGUCACUCAUUAACCUGAAGAAAAGGAACGUGGAAUCUGGAGAAGAUGAACUGGCUUCCAGGCUGGACCACUAUAAGGCAAAGGCUACAAGACACAUAUUCCUCAUCCGGCAUUCCCAGUACAAUGUGGAUGGCUCGAUGGAGAAGGACCGCACCCUGACCCCAUUAGGUCGGGAACAGGCUGAACUCACGGGGAUCCGACUUGCAAGCCUGGGACUGAAGUUUAAUAAAAUCGUCCAUUCCUCUAUGACCCGUGCAGUAGAGACCACAGACAUCAUCAGUAAGCACCUGCCAGGUGUCUGCAGAGUCAGCACAGACUUGCUACGGGAAGGUGCCCCCAUUGAACCGGAUCCACCUGUGUCUCACUGGAAGCCAGAGGCUGUGCAGUAUUAUGAAGAUGGAGCCCGGAUUGAGGCUGCCUUCAGGAACUACAUCCACCGAGCUGAUGCCAAGCAGGAGGAGGACAGCUACGAGAUCUUCAUAUGUCACGCCAAUGUCAUCCGCUAUAUUGUUUGUAGGGCACUGCAGUUUCCUCCAGAAGGUUGGCUCCGCCUGUCCCUCAACAAUGGUAGUAUCACCCACCUGGUGAUUCGACCCAAUGGUCGUGUUGCACUCAGGACCCUUGGGGACACAGGGUUCAUGCCCCCAGACAAGAUUACUCGGUCCUGAGGCUGCCUGUAAGACUGCACCCUGUCCUCUGCUGGUGGCCUGCCUACAGCCUUCCCUUGUCUUCCACAGCUGUGCUGUGGCUUCACGUUCGUCUCCAGAAGAGGAUAUCUCAAGUGUCACAUUUGGGUGCUUACUUCUGGCUCAGGCUGAAGAAGGCAACGUAUGAGUUAGAUGGCCUUUUUGAAAGCUCUCUACUUUACUAUUACCACCAGCAUAGCCCUAGGAGGUGCGACAGGAGUCUUCCUAGGCAGAAGGCGGGCCUGUCACGGGUACUGUAUCACGGGAUUGUAGUAGAUUAACCGAACACUCUAUGACCUCUGGAAGACCUGUCAGGUAGUGGGGUGGUGUUUACAGGUGGUUAUUUCACUGCAAUCUAGGGACUUUGGUUGCUUAUUUAUCAAAGAUUUUCCUCAUGUGGGUUCUUGCUUUGAAAACCAACUUCUCAGCUCAAUUAGGAGAUUCUGUGUCUACUGCGUUUGAAUGAUGGACAAAGGGGCUGGCUUCCUAUGAGGUAGAUAAAAGCCAAGAAAAUGGCACUGCAAAAGGACUGUGGCCUGUAUAAGGCAAGUAGGUGAUAGUUCUAUAAGAGGUUCCUUGGAAGCAAAGAUAGCUCCACUGACCAGAAGAGGUGGCAUAUACUUGUAAUUCUAGCAUCCGGGAGGCAGAAGCAGGAUCGUGAGUCUCUAGCCAGCCUGAGUUAUGUUAAAAGACCCAGAAAAAUAUCCCUGAGUGACGGUUCCAUUUUAGUUUGCUACUGUUAACCUUGAACUUGUAGGUUAUUUAGAAAUGAUGUGUUUAUUCCAGAUAUUCUGAUAAGAAAAAAAUGGUUUUUGUAUGUGUGGUUUUUGUUUUUGUGACAGAAUCUUAACUGUUGCCCAGGCUGGCUUCAAACUUGAGACCCUUCUGAGUCUUGUAAUUGUUGGGAUUGCAGGUAUAUACUACCACACCUGUCCGUCCGUCCCCCUAUCCUCCAAAAAACCCAGUACAGUUUCUAUGAAGUGGUUGUGAGCAUCUUCUGUAAUCAAUGCAAUGAAUUGGAAUAUUUGAUGUAUCUCUCUGCCCUCUUUGGAAAUAAUAAAAUUUUACUUUGUU